CUGACGCGAUGAGCACAAUAAGAAAUGGAAGGCCGAGUUUGACAAGCGGAAGCAGCAAAUGGAGAAUGUGGAGAAGGAACUCGCCGAACUGCGCAACGAGUACAUGAGAGUCAAGCAAGAGAAUGCCAAGAUGCGGGACUUCAUUGAAAACAAGGACAAACAAAACAAGGACGUCUCGGAAGAAGUGAAACGCCUGGAACCUGAGCUCGCCAAGGUGACCAGUGAAAGGGACCAGCUCGUGGGGCAGUUGAAAAAGUCCCAGGAGAUGCUCCUGAACCUGCAGCAGGACUUGCAGCAGUCAGAAUCAGAGCUGGAGCAGGCUAGAAAGGCCUCUGAGAACCUGAAGCAGGACCAGGGGAGCAAGGGCAAGGAGAUGGAGGAGCUCAAGGCCAACUUGAAGAAGCUGAUUGACCAGAGGGACCAAGAGAUCCAACGCCUCACUGCGGACCUCAAGACCAAGGAGAAGGACUUGGUUUCACUUUCUCAGGCUGCCAAGCAGGAACGCGCCCAGUUCGAGCAGCUGCGCCACGAGGCCGAGGAGCUGAAGCGGUGCCUGCAGGGCGGCGACAUGCAAGCAGCCAAGAUGCAGGAGCUGGCCAUGCAGGAGAAGGCCCGGGCGGACAAGGCCGAGACGCUGGCCGGCAACAUGCAGGUGGAACUGGCCGAGAUGCAGCAGCAGUUUGCCCAGUACGACAAGGAGAUGCAGCAGCUGUUGCAAAAGGACGCCGCGUCGUCGUCCGUGCACCACGAGGAGUUGCACAAGACGCUGCGGGAACUGGACCACGCGAGGGCGGAGAUCCAGAGACAAGCAGUGGAGAAGGACCGACUCGAGGCACAGCUGCACACGCUGGUGGCUGAGCUGGAAAAGCAGCAGCACGUGCGUGUAUAUAUAUUAAUUAAUAUACGAGUAGAGUAG